AGGCGGAGCCCAGCGCGUUUGACACGGGAUCACACCGUGCGCAGUGGAAUUCGACGACCAGGCUGAGCCAGGCUACGACGGCCCAGGUUGAGCGGCAGUGUCCGGAUCACCGAAUACCAAUGUCCGACGACCCUAGCGUCAAGUCGACCAUCAUCAGCAGGCCGCUCGAUUGAACGCUCCCCAGGUACCUGUCUCCCCGAGUCUUGUAAGUCACAUCUGUGCGGACAGCUUGUCCGGGACUUACGCUGUCUGGGUACGACAGAUCAUGUGGAACGAAUAUCGUCUCGUCGGAAGAUCGAUCCCGAGCUGCAGGCCAAACACUGUCGACGACGAAGAGCGGUCCCUUACCACCGACCUAUCCAAUCGCAUACCCAUGGAAGUCUAUGAAAAUGUCAUCGAGCACAUGGACCAGUGCACGCUCUACAGUUCCGCAUUGGUUUGUCAGGCAUGGAAUCCUCGCGCCAGUUACCUUCUCUACCUCACCAUCCUCAUCACCUCGCGCGCGAGCUACGACUUGUUGGUGAAGCAGCUACGCACGUCGCCCCGUGUCCAGCGGUGGCUACAGUCCACACGCCAAGUAGCGCUCGGGGAACAUUGGACCGACUCAGUUACCCCAUUCCUGGACGCCUUCCCUCUGGUCUUCGGCCAUGCAUGCCCUGCCCUGCAAGGGCUCAACAUCGGUUACGUUCUCCGCCCUAAUAUGCAUCCGACUUUCCAUGUUGCCCUGCGUCAGCUCCACCGCCUCGUGUCGUUACGGCUGCAUCAUGUCGAACUGAGCAACAGCACCCAGUUACGACGGAUUGUCUGUGCGUUUCCGUGUCUGAAGGAGCUUGCUUUGGACGCCGUGCUACUCCUCCACCCACAGCUACCACAGUCUGCUGGUGGUAGACCCCAAAAUGAUCCUUCCCGAGGCUCCUGCAACAUCCGGCCCAAGCGACUCCAAGUCGUAUCGGACACCGACAAACACGUACAGACGUUCGGACGGACGGCCGAUUGGCUUAUAUCCUCGGGGAUCUGCAGCUCUCUGGCCGAACUGGUGACGGCCUUCUAUGGCACGCACACAGAGCUUGCCAUUGAGCAUGUCAAUCGGCUCCUCGAGACGGCGGGGCAGUCUCUGACCUCUUUCUACUGUCACAGCGACCUCAAUCUCCUUCAUCGCUCCCCUUGCAACCUAGUACAUAACACGGCCUUACGUCAGUUGACGGUAAGGCUGAAUGUCGACCCCUACCAGCCCACGGAGGUCUCGGAAUGGGCAGACACGGCAAACGAGCUUCGUGGGGUCUUUUCCACGGUCCGGAGCUACCAGCUCGAGCACAUCACAGUCCACUUCAGGUUCGUGUUACCCAGCCCCGUGAACGAGGAGAACUUCGCCCAAAGCUGCAAGCAGCUGGACUCAGACUCGCGCGGUCUGCACGACGUCAUGGUGCGGCCGUACUUUCACGUGUUGGCGGAGGCCAAGAUUGAGAUAGAAGUCGAGUGUUGGGUUGACUCUGAGGAUGAUAGGAAAGAUGAGAUGGACCGCUUCGUCAGUGCGAUGAAGCCCAUAUUACGGCGAUUGUUCGCGCCAUGGCACGAUCGCGGUGUAGUCAAAGUCAACGUCACAUCCACGACCACGAAGUUGUGGGCAGAGUAGACAGUUCAUUCAACCUCUCCUGGCUCCGGGGACCGGAUAGCGUCGUAUCAACG